CCGCCUCUUCCGCCCGGAAAUCCGGCUCCCUGCGGGUGUCGGCAGCUGUGGCUGCGGGUCCCGGUACGUCGGGUCCUGUGUCCCCGAAGGAGCAGCACGCUCGCUCCCUCUCGUCUUCUCUGGCCACUGUGGAGAGCUUCAGACAGGAGAGUCCAGGAGUGGGAGCCGAGCCCCAGCGUCUGGUCCCGCAGCCAGUCCGUUCGCCUCCUGUCCCAGGGGUCCCUCCAGAGCCCUCUGUGGUUUCCCGGAGCAGCGGAAGAUGAACACCUCUCUGUGUUCCCGAUUCAUUGUUUAUGCAGCGCACCAGUGCUCCAUGCGGUACGUGCCUCCUUAAUAAGGGCUCAUACUGUAAAAUAGAAAAGUAGAAGUCGGUAAAAUGCAGCUUCGGGGUGAUACGCGGAAACACGGGAACAGUGGCAUGCGGAUGUGGACAGGUUAAAUGACCUUCGAGUCAUCCAGGGUGAGUGCAGGUUGGUCUCUGGGCUUUCUGACGCCGCAGCAGAAUGACACACAGUGUUGCUGCCUGUUCAGAAAGGACCCUCAGAAGAAACGUGUCCCGUUCUCACAGGACCUGAACAUUGUAGGCCCAGAAGUCUGAAGUGGUGCCUUUGUUGGUCACACGGCUGAGGGGGCGGACAGCGGUUUGCCACCAGUCCGGAAGGUCACCUGGUGCUGGACUGCUGUUUGCCUGAGAAGCUUUGCUAGAGUCGAGUCCCAGGCAGCUUCUGGAGGGCUCUGCUGGGUCCACGGCCCCACUGCAGCCACGGCCCGAGCCCUGCUAGAGUCAGACCCUGGGGUGUCUGCAGGUCUUACCCUCCACGUGUUUCUGUCAGCCGGUCUGUGUAGGCUGUGUGUCUGACUGUGGAGAGUGGUGGUUUCUGAGAGAGAGUUCACGGCUCGUUUGCACCUUACCCUCCUCCGUGUCGUCUUCAUCCAUGUCUUCUAAGUGAAGAAAUAAUCCUACAACCUACAGAGCAACCCAGAUUAUGUCUGAUUCAGUGACGGUGCUGUGGGCUGUGCCUUACUCGACUCUUCUGCCGUAGGAAAAGUGCCGUCCAGGGUCUUCUCCUGGACGUUCUCGUCUCUUAGCGUCUGGGGCGGCCUCCCUGGUGGUUUCUUCUGCUUGUUUCCUCUCCUGAACGCAGCUCAUCCAAGGGUUCCGAUCUGGGCCCCUUUUUCACACUCUGGUUUUCCUGCACUUGUCCGGCCCUCUGCGGUUGGCGGUCCUGACAGCGCCUCUCCCCAGCUCGGGCCUCUUCCCGAGCCUUUCGACCACUAGUUCACGCCCCUGGGGAAUGUUUUCGUGCAGCCGUUCCAGAAGGCACCUCACGCGGAGUGAGUCCUGUGGGAGAAGCACAUCUUCCUUUCUUCUCUCACGUGUCCUUCUUCGUUAGCCAGCGACCGACACGACCAAAAUGGAGUUUCUCUUCUCCUGCUCUCUGCCCCCGAACCUCGGCUGGCGUCGAGAUCUGGACACUUGGAUCACGAGACGGAGCCUCCGUGUCAGUCACACCCCACUGCAGUCGUACAGAACAGCGUCACUGUCCUCCACGUCCUCCACGUCCCCGUGCUCUUUCCGCUCGUUCUGGCCGGUGCUGACGCUUUUCCGGGCUCCGUAGUGCUGCCUUUGACAGGCAGGCGUGGAGUUGGAAUCCCACAGUGUGUGGUCCUUGACGCCUGCUCCUCUCACUUCCUGGGGAAUUGGUGUCCUUUGAGGACGUGGCCGUGAACUUCUCCUGGGAGGAGUGGCAGGACCUGGAUGAUGCUCAGAGGACCCUGUACAGGGCCGUGAUGCUGGAGACCUACAGGAGCCUGGUGUCCCUGGGACACUGCAUUUCCAAACCUGAGGUGAUUGUCAAGUUGGAGCAAGGAGCAGAGCCGUGGGCUGUAGGGGAAGCCCCAACCCGGCGCCUCCCAGAUGUCCAGGGUGCAGGUGACCUGACGGAGACCUGGCAGGACCAUCAGAGCAGACAUGUGGGGCAAGUUGGGUUCUCCAGCAACAAAAGGUCAACUACGAAGAGAACCGCCUUGGGCAAACCAUUUAAUUUGAGUGCAAUCCACAUUUCAGACCUGGUUAUAAAUAAUGGAGACUGUUCAGGAAUGAAGCCAGAGGAGUUUGAUGUGUGUCAGAACAUGUUUGUCCCUGGUGAGCCUGAUGAGAUGCAUGGUGGAGAGAAGCCCAAGGACUGUAAUGUGAGCGGCAAACCCUUCGGGUGUGAACACCGUAGUUUUCAUCAGAAGGGUCAGAUUUUGCAGCCACUUUUUGAAUUUGGUGGGCAAGGGCAUGACUUGAACAGGGAGACAACCACCUUUACACAUAGCAGUGCUCCUGUGGGAGAGACUGCCUAUAACUACGAUGACUGUUGGAGAGCCUGUGACAAGUCUGCUGUCGUUGUCCGAGAGAGAACUCACAUAGGGGAGGCUCACUGUAGGUGUAACAAAUGGGGGAACACCUGUGUAAAACCAACCCAAUCGAAUCUUCACAGAGCUGAUUUGGAGGAGCAAUGCUGUGAACGUGAUCAAAGAGGGGACAGUUUCAGCAAGAAAUUACACCUUACUCGGCUUUCAAGAACUCAGGAGAGAAAACUUUUGAAUGUGACAUAUGUGGCAAAACUUUCCACGCAAAGUCUAAUCUCCGUAAACAUCAGAAAAUGCACCCAGGGGAGAAACCCUAUCAAUGUAGCGAGUGUGAGGAAACCUUUAUCAGUAAAACAGUUCUUACAGUACGUUGGAGAACUCAUACAGGGGAGAAACCCUACGCAUGUAUCGAGUGUAAGAAAACUUUCUGCCGUAAGUCUCACCUAACUGUUCAUCAGAGAACCCACAUGGGAGAAAACCCAUAUGAGUGUUACGAAUGUGGGAAAUCUUUCUCUGUGAAAACCAAACUCACUGUGCAUCUGAGAUCACACACAGGGGAGAAGUCCUAU